AUGCCGUUCAUUGUUUCCAAAUACCUCAGCAUGUCCCUGAUCCCCCUUCAAGUCCACAUUGAAAGUCACAUGUCAUUCACUCCGUACACCUGUCGAUGCUUCAGAGAGCCGUGGACCUCAGAGAAACCUGAGCAAGGUUAUUUGUUGGUGCAUUUUUUGGUGAAAAUGAACCCUCUGGAGGAUGUCCCGUUUCAGACCCUACUGGGUCCACUGGAAGAGGAAGUGGAGCUUGUGGCAGCUCCAAACAUCGCUGAGCCAGACUGUCGUCAAAUACUACGAGACACUGAGUAUGGAUUCAACCUGGAGAAAUGGAUUUUAUCUCGGCAGCAGCCAGUCCGUCAGGCCCCCUCCUGCCCCCCCUACUGGCUGCUGUUCAGCAGCCCUCAAGAGAGUCGCAGGGCCGGUCGCAGGAACAGCGACACAUGGGCCUCGAGCCCGCGGCCCCGCAGUCACAGCCUGAACUCUGCAGACACUCGCUGCCUGCACCGUCGCACUGUCAAGUUCCUCGUUUCUGACUCUGAGGAUGAAGACGGUUACAAUGAGGACAAUGAAUCCUCCACUGAAGAUGCACCUCACCGCACCAAGAGCAGAGAGCGGCCCUGGAGCGCCGCACCCAAAGACCCAGGCCCCAGAGUCAAAGACCCCAGGCCCCAGGAGUCACAAACGACCCAGUCUCCAGAGUCAAAGACAUGCACCAUGGUCCUUCCACUCAGCACUGUAAGCCUGACUCACCUCGGAGCCUCAGAGGCCACAGAUGGUCUUUAUCUUCUCUCCAAGACUACAGACAAACUCUGCGAGUACUGGAGCAGCACCAGCCCCAGCAGGCCAGCCCCCUCCUCUUGGGGCAGAAGAACGGCCCUGAGGACAGGUGGCCCUCGUGGGGUUUUCUUCGAUUCAGCAGCAGAGUUGCUGUCAGCACUUAGCCAGGAAGAGAGGGAGCUGCUUGAAACCAUCACAGAGAGGGGAUACCCUUUACGCACUGCUAUUCUGGCUCUGCAGAAGACAGGCUACCACAGCCCAGAGAAGAUCCUAAAAUACCUGAUGGCCACUGACCGUCUGUGUAAGCUGGGUUAUGAUGAAGCACAGGUGGAGGAGGCAUUGGAGAUGUUUCAGAACUGUGAGAGCAAGGCUGCUGAGUUCCUAUGCCUUCUGACUCAGUUUAAUGAAAUGGGCUUCCAGCAAAGUGCAAUCAAAGAAGUUCUGCUUGUCCAUGAAAAUCACCGUGAGAGGGCUCUUGAAGAACUCAUGACACGCAUGGCUUAAACAUUUUCUCCCCCCAUUUCUAGUCUGCAUGGAGAAAUGGUUAUGUGAAAUGUAAUACUUAACAGAUACUGC